AUGAUAAAUUUAAUUACAGACGAGAUAAUGGACGAUUUACAAUGCUUGUAUAUUUAUUACGCAAACAAUGAUCUUACAGAAACACGACAUAUUGUAAAUCAUAUGGACAUCGUGUCUGAUGGACGCAAGAAAAAUCUGAAUCUAAACAUACAUCUGGUGUUCAGGUAUUUAGAUGUAUCAUUAAUGACAUUAGCUACUUUUAUAAAUACCGCAUAUCAGCCUCCCGGAUGGAUGGUCCUAGUAGUUCUAUAUUUGGAGAAAGUACUCUAUUUAUUUGAAAACAUGGAUUUAUUUAAAACUGAAACAACAAAAAUACUAAAAAUUAUAAAAACUGCUUUUGAUCUAUGCAACCCGAAUAUAGAAAAAUCUAAAAUACUGGAUAUACCAUUAGAAAAUUUACAGGUAGGAGUUCAAUAUAAAAAUAUUAAAUUAUAUACACGUUGGCAACGUGAAAUAACUGGAAUGAAAAUAAUUGACCCUACACGUAGUGAAUAUGUAUCAAACAUGUAUUCAAAUUUAAUUCAAAUAGAGUAUUUACUUGAUUUUAACGCGAAAAACUUGAACUAUUUAAAUCCAAUUGACUUUCACGAAUUUCAUCCUUCAAAAUGGCUAUUAUUCACCAGUAUUGAAUUAAAAGAAGACGCAGUUGAGACACUUUAA